UAAUCUUGACGAUCUAAAAGAACCUAAUAAAGUAGAACAUGAUGUAUCGUUAACUCGAAAAGAUUUUUACCUCGGUGAUAACAACAAAGUCGAUUCGGAAUUAGUUGAUUUAUUGCUCGAACAGAAUAUUGAUGGAAAAAUUAACGAGGAAGCAUUAUCGAAACUUCAUUGGAUACGAUUAAACAAUUCAAAAAAAUUCUAUCCAGGAGAAUCUUCUUUAUUAUUGAAUUUUGUUGGCGGUAAUACAAAUCUUGAGAUUGAUACUGAAAAAUUGGAAGUGUUUUUGAAGAAUGAAAGGUUUCCCGAAGGAUGGAAAAAGCCCGACAAGGCG